AUGGCUCCCACCACCACCAAAAACAGCUACGACUUCAUCAUCAUCGGCGGCGGCACAGCCGGCAACACCGUCGCCGGCCGUCUCGCAACCAAUCCGUCCGUCCGCAUCCUAAUCAUCGAAGCCGGCGUCGAAAACCCGCAGUCCAUCCCCCAAAUCACAACCCCCAGCUCCGCAAUGGACCUCCGCGGCAGCGCCCACGACUGGGCGUACAAGACCACCCUCGUCCGCCGCGACGACUACGAGCGCAUCGAGAAGCCCAACACCCGCGGCAAGGUCCUCGGCGGCAGCUCCGCGCUCAACUACUUCACCUGGCUGCCGGGGUGCAAGGCCACCUUCGACAUGUGGGGUGAGUAUGGGGGUCCCGAGUGGACGUGGGAGAACCUCCUGCCGUAUCUGCGGAAGAGCGCGACGUACCAUGAUGAUCUUGGAAUCUACCCGGAGGACCUGAAGAAGAUUGGGCCCGGCGAGGGGCCGAUUCAUAUUAGCCACGCUGAACUGUUGGAUGGGAUGCAGCAUUUCCGGGACGCGAUUACGGAGGCGUGGAAGAAUAUGGGCGAGCGUGUGGAGGAGAAUGUGUAUGACGGGGAGAUGCUGGGACUCACGCACUGUGUUGAUUCCAUUUAUAAGGGGCAGCGAUCGGGGAGCUGGCUGUUUGUGAAGGACAAGCCGAAUGUUACGAUUUUUGCGGGCGUGCGCAGCAAGAAGCUGAUCAUCGAUGAUGAGAAGACUUGCAGGGGUGUCGAGGUUAUCUUGCCCGAUGGCACCGAACAGGCCUUCUACGCCACCCGCGAGGUCAUCCUCUCGCAGGGCGUCUUUGAGACUCCCAAACUCCUCAUGCUCAGCGGGAUCGGACCAGCCGAGCAGCUCUCUCGCCACGGCAUCACCACCCUGAUCGACUCCCCGCACGUCGGGCAGAACCUCAUCGACCACCCAGGCGUCCCCUUCGUACUGCAGGUGAAAGACGGCUACGGGAUGGACGACUUCCUCCUGCGCAAGGGAUCAGAGGCCAACAAGGCCGCGGUGCAAACAUACGAAAAGUCGCACACCGGCCCCGUCUCCUCAGGCCUGCUCGAACUCGUCGGCUUCCCGCGCGUCGACACCUACCUGGAGAAAGACGAGGCCUACCGCAAAGCCAAGCAAGACUUCGGCGGAAAAGACCCCUUCAGCCCGGCGGGCCAGCCACACUUCGAGCUCGACUUCGUGUGCAUGUUCGGCACAGCCUUCCAGUGGCACUACCCGGUCCCCAAGAAGGGCAACUACCUCACCGUGGUCGUGGACCUCGUGCGGCCGAUUUCCCCGCCCGGAGAGGUAACGCUCAUCGACGGCAACCCGCUGACCCAGCCAGCCAUCAACCUGAAUUUCUUCGCGGAUGACCUGGACAUCAUUGCGAUGCGCGAGGGGAUCAGGUUUAGCUACGACAUGCUGACCAAGGUCGACGGGUUCAAGGACCUCGUUGUGGCUGAGUAUCCGUGGGAAAUGCCGCUUGAUGAUGACGAGCAGAUGAAGCGCGCUGUGCUGGAUCGGUGCCAGACGGCGUUUCAUCCGUGUGGGACUGCGAGACUAGGGAGGGGUAUUGCGCAGGGCGUUGUGGGGGAGGAUCUGAAGGUUCAUGGGAUUAAGGGGCUGAGGGUUGCGGAUGCGAGUGUUAUGCCUGUUAUUCCGGACUGUCGGAUUCAGAAUAGUGUUUAUAUGGUUGGGGAGAAGUGUGCGGAUCUUGUCAAGGGGGCGAAUGCGGAUUUGUAUGGGGGGUGGGGGGCGGAGGUGAGGGCCUAG